UAAUGGAAAUUAUUAAUAUCGCUGCUUUGAACUUGUCGGCCACCGAAGGCGACUCGGCGCUAUUAGUUUCCGUCUUAUUUUCGGCCGCCCUCGGGGGAAAUCGCUUUCUGGGCCACUUUUGAAUUGCGAGCUUCAAGCACCAGCGCGCUCUGCCACCUUCCACCUCAUCAGCGCCAGAUCGAAUCAGCCGUUGCAGUUGUGAGACUCACAAAGCCACACACCGCACGGGCUGUACUGGACCUGACGCCCCCCGGACUUUCAUUCGCACAUCUGCGCUUGGCUACGGGGGUGACGGACUUCUAGCCAUGGACCCGCUGCUGCCCGGGGAGGCGGACGCGAUGGAAGCAGAGGAAGACAAGGACGCAAAGAGGAAGAUCCAGUUCUCCGUGCCGUCGUCCGUGCCCCUCCAGCUGGACCCUCGACAGGUGGAGAUGAUCCGACGUCGGCGACCGACGCCGGCCACGCUCUUCAGGCUGACGGACCCCCCGUCGCCGGAGGAGGACAGCGGGCCUCAGCAGGUAGACCGGUUCCAAACCUGCAGAAUCAGCCAGCAGACCGGGUGGGUUCUGGGAGAAAACGGAGCCUUGAAAGCCAAGCUGGUUCACGCGUCCACCUAUCAGCCGCCUUCGCUUAAAGCUGUCCAGAGAAUGGCCCAGGCCCACCUCUCCUCCCUGGACAUGAGCUCUGUGGACAAUGAGGAGCCUUCCUCUGGAGAGGAAGAGGAGGGAGGUGAGAAACGCAGCCAGCAGGCAGCCUCAGCUGCAGGUGUAAGCGAGUCAGUCAAGGUUCAGUGUGCACCACCGGACAGUUCAACAUUAAGCGCUGACCUCGGCCUUCGCUGUGGCGAUGAAGAGGAGGCCAAAGAGGGAGGACAGCGGGAAUGACAAACGUAAACGCGGGACCGUGUCCCAGUAUAGAACCUGGUGGACGUAGAGAAAUGAACGAGGACUGUGGAGCACCUCAAGGAAUUAUGGGUAAACUCCAAUCAGCCGAGGACAAUGAACAGCAGUAAUGAUGAUCUCUGCGCAUGCGAAGAACCAGAUUCAGACUUAAAUUUGUGUACAUUUAAGUGGAGUGACAUCUGAAGAACUGCAUGCGUGAUACUAGCACAUGUAUAGUGUAUAUACAACCGUUUGUUACAGCUCUGUUUGUGUGUGUUGUGUGCAUAUGUGAGAGCGACUUACUGCUGCAGAGAAGCAGUCGUGUCUGGAGCUUGUAGUGUUAUGCCGUGUCAGGGUAUAAACGACGCACAACAUGGAGGCAGACAAUACAUGACAGCGUGACGGGUGCAGAAGGCCGCCGCCGCUGCACCGCUGCUGAACCCUCUCACUUUAAACCGCAUCAACUUUGCGGAUGUUUGAGCACAAGGGCAAGGAAAUCAAAGGAGGAGGGAUUACGCAUGAAUUCAGACCCGCAGAUUAAAUCAUAUGAGAUUAAUCCAACUAAUAACGCGGCGCAGUUUUUCCGGUUUCAUGUUCUGAAUGAGCUUUAUGUAACAUUACGACGUGCAGACGUGAUCUGCUCAGAGUAGCAGAAAUUGUUUGGACAGCUGGCGGAACCUGAAGCCCCCUAAAUAAUACAUUUGUGAUAAUGCAUUUUUGAUCCUGUACAUAAAUGAUGCGUUGUCUUGCUAAUAAAACAUUGUGAAUGAACAAGG